GCUUAUCGUUCUCGAACUCCCAUAUAUCUCCUUGCUCCCUGAAAAAGAAUUCCACAGUCCGUUCAAGUGACCCAGUGAAACCCUACCACGAAUCAAUCUGCAUCCAGUCGACAACUACAUCUUCUUCUUCUCGCGUCACGAUAGAGAACGCCGUGUUUGGAGAAUCCGCGUCGCCGCGAACCCCCGCCGCGCUCCAAUGUCCGACACAUCCGCGCCAGCAUCCGCACAACCCUCCGGCAGUCUCGCAUCGGUGGUGUCGAGCGCCUUCUCGUCAGCAGCAUCGACAGCCCUCUCCAUAACAGCCUCCUCCUCGGCCUCCGCCUCCGCGACGUCCGCGAGUGCGACAGUAACACCGGCGAGCGAAUUAAUAGGGGAGCAGAAUGGCUCGGCUCAGCAACAGGAGGGCGUGUCCCUCGAAACUUUCCUUGCGUCGUUGGCAGUGGCAGCGAUAGUCUUUGGCGUUGAAGUUAUCUUAUUCGUGAUGCUGCGGAAAAAGCUGCAUCGCAUCUACGAACCGCGAACGUACCUGGUGCCUGAUAAACGGAGAACACCAAAACCCGCGCAAGGGUUUUUCAAUUUCUUCGCACCGGUGUUCGAAACUGCAACAAGUGACUUCAUCUCGAAAUCUGGUCUUGAUGCCUAUUUCUUCCUCCGCUACCUCCUCAUGCUCCUCAAGAUCUUUGCCACGAUAGCACUCGUGAUCCUACCUAUCCUGUUACCCAUCAACUACAUGGGCGGAAAGGGAGGCGAAGAUGUCCAAGGACUGGAUCGACUGGCGUGGUCAAACAUUUCGGAGGCAAACACACAGCGCUAUUGGGCGCAUCUCCUGCUCGCCCUGACUCUGAUUUGCGUCUUUUGCUACAUGUUCUACAGCGAGAUGAGGAAGUACGUGCGCAUGCGACAGGCCUACCUGACGAGUCCUCAGCACCGCCUCAAGGCCAGUGCGACCACGGUGUUGGUUAGCGCGAUACCGAUGAGCUGGUUGACAGUGCAGAAACUCGUGGAUCUUUACGACGUCUUCCCCGGUGGUAUCAGGAACGUCUGGAUCAACAGGGAUUACGAUGAUCUGGAGGAAAAGGUCAACGAACGAGACGAUUUGGCCAAGAUGUUGGAAAAGGCAGAAACGGAACUGAUCGUGCUCUGUAAGAAGAAGAACAUCAAGCAGCUCGCCCUAGCAGCGAAGAAGGAUCCCAGCGCUGUUACCGACAAGGACCGAUCCGAGGAUACCGCCGAAAAGCUUGUGACCGGACCCGGUCUCUCCUCCGGAAAUCCUCACCAGAUCCCGACCCUGCUCCGCAAUCGUACUCAGGACGAGAGGGAGAAGACGAAGAAGAAGUCCGGCUUGGAUGUCGGUGAUGUCGUUGAGGGCGUCGGUCGUGGGUUUGCCCGGGGCGUGAUGAGUGGUGUGGGAGUGGUCACAGGGGGUGUUAAGAAAAUCACUGGUGGCGUUGAUCGGCACUUUUCGGAGCCGGAAGGAUUUGCGCCGGCAGACGAGAAUGACACAUCUGCCCAACGCCCGAGUGUGACUGACCGCCAGUGGUCGACUGACGCCUCUGCUCAACGCCCGAGUGUGGCUGACCGCCGGUGGUCGUCCCGUGGCAGCAGGAAGCGUGGCUCGACAUUGAUCGGGCCGGAGGGCACUCCAACGGUACUCGAAAGGACUCCUAGUCGCGAGGACGAACGUUUGAGCAGGGCUCCGUCGGCACCGACCAAACCCGAAUCUCGCAAACAUCGUGGCAUGCGAUUGUGGCCCAAGAAGGACCCCUCCAAGGGAGAGAGCGACGAGAUCCCUCUGAGCCAUCAAACACCAACGUCGCCACGUACUUCCCACGUUUUCGCGGAGGCACUACAGACCGUUUUCAAGCCUAAAGCGAAGGAGGAGUAUCCCGAUGCUUACGACCCCCGCUAUGUCGAUGACAGCUGGGGUGAGGAACCCGUGUGGAAGAAAUACAUCACCGAGAAGGACCGUCCCACCAUGCGGCUUCCCCUGCUGUCUUGGUUGCCUGCGUUCCCGCUGAUUGGUAAAAAAGUUGACACCAUUUACCACUGUCGAAAAGAGUUGGCUCGCUUGAACUUGGAGAUUGAGAAGGACCAGGAGACGCCCGAGAAAUAUCCCCUGAUGAAUUCGGCGUUCGUACAGUUCAACCAGCAGGUGGCGGCACACAUGGCUUGUCAGGCCGUGUCCCAUCAUGUUCCGCAGCACAUGUGUCCCCGCCAUAUCGAGGUUUCCCCUAACGACGUCAUCUGGGGCAACAUGAAGAUGCAAUGGUGGGAGCGGUACAUCCGCAGCGGUCUCAUCACGGUUGCAACCGGAGGGUUGAUCCUUGGCUGGGCUUUUCCCGUUGCUGCCGUCGGUUUGAUCUCUCAAGUCAACUAUUUGACCGACACGUUCAAAUGGUUGGAGUGGCUCGAGGACCUACCCGACUCCGUCUUGGGUCUGAUUUCCGGUGUUCUGCCCCCAGUACUUUUGGCCAUUCUGAUGGCAGUGCUCCCACUCAUCUUGCGACUAUUUGCCCGGAUUCAAGGAUGUCAUACGGGAAUGGCGAUCGAGCGGUCCGUCCAGGGAAUGUACUUUGCCUUCCUCUUCAUCCAGGUCUUCCUCGUUGUCAGUAUCUCGUCGGGUAUCACGACCGUCAUCGAGCAGAUCUCGGAGCAGCCAUUCGCUGCCCCUGAAAUUCUUGCGCGCAACCUGCCAAAGGCCUCCAACUUUUUCUUCUCGUAUCUCCUCCUGCAGGCGUUCUCUGUCAGUGGAGCUGCUCUCCUGCAGAUUGCCACGCUGAUAAUCAACUUCGUCCUGGCGCCAAUUGUGGAUUCCACCGCGCGCGACAAGUUCAACCGCGCAACCCACCUCAUGGAGAUCAAGUGGGGAACUUUCUUUCCCGUGUACACCAAUCUCGCUUGUAUCGGUAUUGUCUACUCGGUGAUCUCACCCUUGAUCUUGCUCUUCAACAUGAUCACCUUCUCGCUCUUCUGGAUCGUCUACCGCUACAACCUGCUGUUCGUCGUCAACUUCCGCUUCGAUACCGGUGGUCUCCUGUUCCCGCGGGCCAUCAACCAGCUUUUCACUGGCAUCUACGUCAUGGAAGUCUGCCUGAUCGGUCUCUUCUUCCUUGUCCGGGACGCCCAGGACCGCGUGGCCUGCGCCCCGCACGGCAUAAUCAUGAUCAUCGCCACCAUCUUCACCGUCAUCUUUCAGUACAUGUUAAACCAAGCAUUCGGACCACUUCUCACCUACCUGCCCAUCACACUCGAAGACGACGCCGCCAUCCGCGAUGCGGAGUUCGCUCGCGAACAAGACGCGAAGAGGAAAAAGCACCUUCUCGGACGGCAGGAACGCGAAGGCGAGGACCUCAACCAACUCCUUGAGGCACGCGAGCGAGCCGAGAACGGCGAGAUUGAGCUCAAGCCUAUGACCAACCCACCGACACGCCGCGACCCCGAGGCGGCAGGCGACGGUAGUCUCAUGGGCGACAAGCCCGCUAUGGAGCUAUUCCAGAACAUUGCGGACGAAAUUGAGGAUCUCACACCCGAGGAGCGGGAUCACCUGGUUGCGCGUGCCUUCCAGCAUCCGGCUAUCAGGGCGAAGCGACCGGUUAUUUGGAUUCCGCGGGACGACUUGGGUGUCAGCGAUGAUGAGAUCAUACGGACGAUGAAGUUGUCGGAUAAGGUGUGGAUCAGUAACGAGUACGCGGGACUCGACUCGAGGGGUCACGUCAAGUACUCGCGGAGUCCGCCGGAUUUCGAUAUGCGCGAUUUGGUCGAGCUAUGAUCUACCAUCUACCCCCCAUUUCUCUUCCUUUCUUUGUAAUAAUUCGUUAUACCGGUUGGCUUCUUUUGUUUUUUUUCAUAUUAAGUGGGGUGCGCGCAUAUUGGCAGGACAUUUAGGUGUAAUUAUAGAUUAUAGGGGGCUUAUUUCAUUUUAUUCUCGUUUUCCUUUCCUUUCCUUUCCUUUCCUUUACUUCUAGGCUUUCUUCCUUUGGAAUAUGUACCAUGUAUGUACCUUAU